GAAAGAGAGCAGAGUCACCUACACCCAGCCUGUUAUCAAAGAAGAGUGACAACUCAAUGUUUCUUCCACCUACUUUCAACCAGCACCCCGUAAAUGAAAAAAGUGGGCUAACGAUAGACCUGUGUGCCCUGUGUGAAAGAGGGCCAAAGGCUCAAGGAUCCAUCCCCUGUGGACACAGUUACUGCAAGCAGUGCAUAAGCGUCUUGGUCUCACCUAAACCUCUCCAACAUCAACAUGCAGAGUCAAGUCACUACUACGCUGGACCUGGAGAUGUGGCCUGUGAUCUCUGCACUGAGAAAAAGCUCAAAGCUGUGAAGUCCUGUCUGAUCUGUACUGCCUCCUAUUGUGAGAGCCACGUACGGCAGCAUUACACAGUAGCAGCACUGCAAAAACACACCCUGGUGGAGGUGACAGGAAACCUGGAGCAGAAACUCUGCCAGCUGCACCACAAAGCUCUGGAAGUCUUCUGUAAGACCGACCAGAUACUCAUCUGUAAUAUGUGUGCCGUGGAGGACCAUAGAGGCCACAGAAAGCGCUACAUAGAGGUAAGAAAUGAUGUUCUGUAUCUAUUCUUACUAGAGGAACACAACGUUGAAUAA